AUGGCUUUAGCAACAACAACAUAUUCGAGCAGUCCAGGCCGUAAUGGACGCCGUCCAUCAGCGGCCAGUGUUUCCGCCACUAGUGGAGGAAGCGGGAAUUUUUUUCUUUCACCAAAUUCUGUUUUUCCAGAAGGAUUUAGACCAGAAAGACGAAGAAAAAGCUACGCUGGUGAUAAUCAAAUACCAGAUUUAUUUAUUUAUUCGCCUGAAACAGCAAUGAGUCCAACACUGACAAGUCAUGGGGGCGGGUUUGGUGCUUCUCCUCAACAGCAAUUCCUCACACCAAUGGGCAGCUUUCGCCGUCGACUACCUCCAACACCCUUGGAUUUGGCAAAUGGAAGAUUAUCUGGUUCUCAGGAUGCAAUAUUAAUACCCCCACUUUCCGAGGAUGUUGGAAAUGGAAGUGUAACACUCCCACCAAGUAGGAGAACAAGUUCACCUAGAAUAUUACCAACACCUCCAUCACCUUUACAACAAUUCUCCCCAAAUUCUAGAGGAAUUCAAAAUUCUUCUAAUAUGAACUUAUCUUACAACGACGAGAAUGUGGGUUAUCAACAACCACCCCCUGCUAGCCCUUUUGAAAGGCGUCGCUCAGUUCGACGUCAACUACCUCCAGAACCCCCAAAUAUUCAACAAUACGACUCUACCCCGAAACUUAUAAUUGUCAAUAAUAAUUCUUCACAUCAAAUAACUAAAAGACAAUUGAGCGGGGAAACAAAAAGUAAUAAAAUUGAAGGAAUUGCAACGCUAACUAUUGAAGAAAAUGUAGAGAAUGGGAAUGGUUUACAGAGGAGUUGUUCUACUAGAAGUACACGUCGAACAAAAGGAAUGGAAGGAGAGAAGAAUAUGAGAGGGACUAGGGGUUCAAAUGCUUCAUCCAAUUUGCCUCCAACACCCUGGACUCACCAUUCAUUAGAACAACAACAAAAUAAUUUCGAAAAUGAUUCUAAUAAUGUUAUAACUUUAGCUAACAAUAUUUCUCUCUCCCCUCUUCCUCCUUAUAUUAAUGAAGAAGAACAUAAUACCCAGAAACAACAACCCCCUCUAUUAAAAAUACCUUCAACAAAUGCCUUAACUUGUAACAAUAAUAACGUUACAAGGCAUGGACGGACAUUAUCUAGUAGAAACAUAAAAGAGGAAAAAACAACAGAAAUACUACAACACCAACGCCGCAGUCUUACCGAACAGACAGAAACAAUGCCAUUAUCCCCAACAACCCGCCCUGUUGCUUCCAGCCUUGGGGCUACCAUGUCAGGACCUCGAAUUGCCUUCUCUAAACCCAAAUUAACCCUAAAUAACAAAAAAGAAGAGGAAGACAUUUUGUCUAAUGAUAUAGAGCUCGAUAAUGAGGAAAAUCAGAUGAUCGCGAAAUUAAGUAUUGCGAGUGGUCGGCCUUCUAUAACGAGUACAAAUUCUAUAUCGCCAUCAUUAUCGGCAACUACUAAUAAUUCUGCUCUGACACCUCCACCACCUUCUCAAGCAUUUUUUGCCUCUGCUCCAAGCAGUCCCCGCGAUUUUUAUUCAUCAAGUAGUAAUUGCUCUUCUUCUCGUAAGUAUUCUGCCUCUUCUGGGUCUGCCUGUUCAUCUGCAGAUUCUUCACAGCCACAACAAAAUAUGUCUGCCGCCCUCACCGAUUUAGCAGCCAUUUCAGCCUUAAACAGCCGUUGCCACCGUUCUGGGCCAGGAACUGGAAGUAUGGCACAUUUACUUGAACAACAACACAUUUUAAGACGAGAAUUUACUUCAGCAACUAUUCCCUCUCAACAACAACAUUCUGUGGAGAAUGGAGGAAGUAAUACUAUUUUACAUGGAAGCCAAUCAAAUUCAUCUUCAUCUCUUUCUCCCUCAAUGGAACAGUUAAAUUGUAAUACUACUGUAGCUACUUCACGUUCGGGUAGUGAUGUGGAAAUAUCUGCUGCUGAUCCUUCUGUACUUGGUUUCGACCCUUCCCUCUACGUAAACGGAGUUGCCAACCAAAACGUCAAUUCCUCCCCUGUCCACGUUCUUAAAAGCAAUGGCACAAUUCCUAGCACAUCUGGGAACGAACAACAACAACAACCUAGACCUAGAGGUUUAGGACUUCUUCACUGUACUCUACAGCAUUUUCCUGUUCGGAAACGAUUACGUGUUAAUGUGCUUAAAAUUGAAGGUUUGGCCGGCGAUCUACGUCCUGACCUUGAAAUUCAACCCUUUUGUAAAUUAACGCUUACAUCCACAAAGAAACAACAAUCCCAACAACAACAAAGUGUUGUUAAAAGAGGGAGAGAUUCUGUUUUUAAUCAAGAAUUCUUCUUCGAUAAUUUCGCAACAGAAGAGAUUGAACUAAAACAAUUACAAAUUGAAGUAUGCCACAGCAGUAAUCAAAAAUUGCAAAGAGAUUUGGAUAUUGGGGAGGUUCGAAUUCCAUUGAGAGACUUAGCUCCACAACUACAAACAAAAAAGGAAGUGAGAAUUGUGGAAGAACUAAAGUUUUUUAUUGCUGCAAAGAAGUUGGGCAAGCUACACAUAACAACAUGCAUUGAAAAAGCCGACAGAAGAUUAACUAUAAAUUUAAUAAAAGUUGAAGACCUUCCAAAAUGGGGAAUUAUAGGAGCCCCCGACGUCCAAAUCCGUAUAAGAAUGCAACAGGCUAACGGCCCAGAAGUUGUAAAAUGUUCAAGAAUUAUUAAAAAUACAACAUCAGCAGUCUAUAAAGAAGCUGUAAUGUUUUUGGUUAGUACUAGAGAAGCUGAUUUGGCUAGAACUAAAAUUACAAUUUCUGUUCAUGAUUUGUCUCGCUCCGUUACCGGCAAUGAUACAAUCGGUUUUGUAUUUCUUGGAGAACUGGCUUCGGAUAAAUCGGAAGUGGAUCAAUGGAAAUCUACCAUGGACCAUUGGGGGAAAGAAUACAAAGCCGUCCAUACUCUAAAAUGCCCCUCAAGUAGGUGUCAACCAACUCUACAUGUAUUGGAUGUACAGGACGAAAAUGAUGUUAAGGAGAAUGAUGAUUAAUUUAAUUAUGUGCCCAAUUAAAACAAAUUUUUUAUUUAAAUUUUGUUGCCACUCCUUUUUGCUUUUUUUAUUUUUGAUGCUUUUCAUUCUUAAAAUAUUGUCAAAUUUAUUUUUAUAUAU